AUGGGUUGGAUGGAUUUGCCUUUGGAACUGUUGGAAUUAAUUUUCCAAAGGCUAUGUUUGGAUGAUGCCAUGAAUGGUCGUGCAACAUGCCGCUCUUGGCGAAAGGCCGCUGACGCCAUAUUUUCCUCUCAGCUUCCAUUGAUGCUCUCUCUUUCAACAUCUACAUCUUCGUACAUAAAAUCAGAUAGCAACAACUUUGGAAGCUUAUCCGCCCCAUGGAGCAACCAUGAUUCCACUGUGUUCACUGAAACAUGGCCGCAAGGAAUCAACCGUACCGAUAACAGGGUUCACUCGGUGCAGGGUUGGUUGAUGUUCAAUAUAUUUCAUUAUGUGAGCGACAAGAGCCAAACUUUCUCUGAGCUUUCAUUCUUCAACCCGUUUUCUCGUGCCAGAUUCAAGCUUCCAAAACUCUUCUUAUUUUCUGGAAAGCCGGAUUAUCAUCAAGUUCGUGUUGCAUUCAAUUCUGCACCACCGGGGUCUGAGGAGUUCGUUCUUGCUUUCUUGUGUGUGUUUAGCUAUAAAACAAAAAGAGUUCAUCAAACCAGAACAUACGAAACAAGGCUAGCUUUUAUCAAAUUCAAGCAAGGAUCAUGGAUUGAAUUGGAAACCACUGAAACCGCUGAAAUCUUCUAUGAUAUUGAAGUUCAUGGUGAUAAUAAACUGUAUGGUCUUACCGUCAAACAUAAAACAAGGGUUGUGUUCGUGUUUACCCUUAGAGAUAAUCAUCGUGAUGAUCAUGUCGUUGAACGAUUGGUUAUGCUAAAUAACUUAGAAUGUAUUUUUCCUGGCAACUUUGUUGUUAAUUAUGAAUUCUUCAGACGAAGUCAUCAGAUGGUAAUGGACACUAGCACAGGGGAGUUGUUGCUAGUUCGUCAUGAUAGAUGUGCAUCAGAUCUAAAUGGAUGUUAUGAUUCAAUUUGUACCAAGGGCUUUCGUGUUUUUAAGUUGGACAGAAGCAAUCUUAGAUGGUGUGAGGUUUUUGACAUUGGUAAUCGUUUCUUGUUCUGGGAUUACACCAAGGUGAGUCUUGUGUCAGCUAAGGGACUCAGACUUGCAGAACAGUUUAAGAGGGGAAAUUGCAUCUUUUUCUGCCAUGCAAAUACUCAUCGGGAGCAGAAAUAUCCAAUACCAGAUAUUCAAGAUCGAUUUCGAAUUAAAGAACAUGAUAUGGGUGUCUUCUUCUUGGCUGAUAGAACCAUUAGCCAUUUUUCAAUUAAUUCUUCUUUGCCGUUUUCGCUUCUGAACAUGUGGUUCAGUCCUGCUCCUUGGUUAGUUUGA